AUGUACCUCAGCCAUCUCAACCAUCAACACCUCAGCGAGUCCUUUCCUCGUGAAGUACCUGACAGCUCCGCUGAAAUAAGUGAUUUGGCGAAGAAACUUGGUGCUCGACUUUUUCAAGACACUUCAAUUCUUGAGCAGCUUCAAAGCGUCAAGCGUGAAAAAUCUUUUGUUGAGCAGCUUCGAGAGAUUGUCGCAUCCUCUUCUAACAGAGAGCCGCCUACGAAACCACUCCAGUUCAUUCCGUCUACACCAAUAGCUUCCCAAGCCAAGCCACCAGUGCAUCCAAGCAUAGAGUGCAAGGAAAUCGAUGUGCAAACGUCGUGGGUCGGCGAACCAAGAAAAGAAAUGCGUGACAAUGCCACCGAUCUGCCCUCUUUGGACUAUCUCUCCAUGUCAGAAUUGGGUGGAUUACGGCAACUUCCGGAAACUUUCGUCGCUCAGGAGGAAGUGUCAUCAUCAGCAUUCAGUUCUGAUCAGAGCGCCGGACAAGUCCCUCCGAAUCUAAUCAGGCAAGUAAGCAGAUUUUCUAUUUCCAUCUUUGGAAAGAACAGAGUAUUUUCAUUUUUUGUGCUUCUGAAAUAUCUAUUUUUAUCUAUUUUUUACUGCUUACUUGUCUUCAAGUGCUAUGAUUUUGCUGGCACUUGUCUUCAGGCUCUGCUAUACUUUUUUCUGCUUAUCUAAUU